AUGGCGUUCCAAAGCCUAUCUUCCGACCAAGCCGAGAACAUCGGCUAUGUGAUCCCGACGGUGGUGAUCAUGCACUUUCUCAGCGACCUCUUGAAGCACAACGGGACCUACACCGGCUUCCCCACCCUGGGCAUCGAGACGCAAACCAUGGAGAAUGCACAGCUCCGUGAG